GAGGGCACUUGAAGAAGACCGACAUCCAGGUACCCGGAUGUUGCUAACAGAAGCAUUACCUGCUAGCUGUAGCGCGGGAGACUACACCGCUCAGUUUAAAUAUUUGGAAUUUUAAUGUCGGACUGUCUGCGUUUAGUGGUCCAAUUAAAGCAGACAGCCGCCGAAGAGCCGAAGAGAGAGAACACGGAAGGUUAGCCAAUUGUGACCAAGGAGAGAGAAAGCGCUAAUGUGUGUCCUGCUGCAGUCUCUGCUAUGAGCAACACUACCCCAAGGACGAGGCGCGCCAAACCCAGUGGUGCUAAUAAUGCUCGGCGGAGGGGGAGCUCCAGCACACGGGCAAAAGCCAGCGGAACAGCAAGGAGGACGAGUCCGAGAGCCGCCGCCGUCCUGACUCCGCCCACUGCGGCGAUCGACGUGACGGACACCAUGGAGGACAGUGUGGCUGAGGUGGUGGAUCUGACGUGCGAGGCAUCAGAAGCAACGACGGUUGUAGAUCUGACCAACAACGACUCUGUGCUGCUGGUGGAAGAAGGUCCUCAGAACAGGAGAAACGCUUCGGGUGAGAGUUACGUGCUCAGCAGUGACGACGAAGACUCGCCUGCUGGUGCCGGUGACGCCAUGAUGUCCUCGCUAAAGGCUGAGCGCUCUGCCAGGUGGACUCCAGGAACGAUCACCUGUCCAGUCUGUAUGGACUCCUACACAGAGAUGGUGGACAGCGGCCGCUUGGUGGUCUCCACAAAGUGUGGACAUGUCUUCUGUAGCCAGUGCAUCCGAGACGCUCUGUCCAGGUCUCACACGUGCCCCACUUGUCGCAAACGCCUCACCCCCCGCCAGUACCACCCCAUCUACAUUUGAUGUUGUGUCUCUCCUCGUGUGUCUUCUAUGUGCAGGAUUAGAAAUAAAUAAUUCAUUACUCAA